ACACCGAACUUUUACUUUGAAAAGCGCAAACCGGAAGUAAGCUACAAGAUCCUGGCGUGCGUCCCAAAAAGUUUCCUCUGUUUAUCUUUAGCUACCUCUUAACCGUUUUCGUUGGUUAGAUUGUUAGAAUUCUCAAAAUACCAAAUGAACAGACACGUAGAGUUAGAUUCAUAUGAGAUAGAGGAGCCAAGUGAUGAAGAAAGAGCUGAAGACAGCUCUGAGGAUGAGCUGGAAGUGCUCUUGAACGGGACCCCGGAUCAGAAGAAGAAACUCAUCCGAGAAUACCUCACUGGGGAGAGUGAGUCCUCCAGUGGGGAUGAGUUUGAGAAAGAGAUGGAGGCAGAGCUCAGCACCACCAUUAAAACUAUGGAGUGCAAAUGGUUUCCCCUUACAGCAUCAGCAGGGGAGACUUCGGGUACCAAUGAUAAUGCUUCAACACCUGGGUUGCCAGAGCUAUAUGACAAUGUUUAUUUUGACUCCGAUUCAGAAGAGGAGGAUACACACUUACCAAGUAGUUCGUUGGGUAAGAGAUGCAGGAAACAGCGAUCCAUCCCCACCAACGAUGAACUACUGUACGACCCUGAUGAGGAUGACCGGGAUCAGGCAUGGGUGGAUGCCAAGAGGAAGAGGUACAAUGAAAAGAGAAGAUUGCCAUCUUCACAGAACAGAAGAGGGCAGUCCCAGGGGCUUCCAAGCAGCGAUGCUGUCCUUAACUGCCCAGCAUGCAUGACCAUGCUGUGCCUCGACUGCCAAAGGCAUGACAAAUACAGGACCCAAUACAGAGCCAUGUUUGUCAUGAACUGCACAGUAAACAAAGAGGAGAUUUUACGGUACAAAACACUCAACGAGAACAAUCUGAGGAACAGAAAGAGGAAAGGGCAUCAACCAGAGCCAACAACGGCAAUUGAAGCCACAGAUUCAGGAGUGGUGGUGGGUGGAGAGAUCUUCCAUCCUGUCCAGUGCACAGAGUGCUCAACUGAGGUGGCAGUGCUCGAUAAGGACGAGGUCUACCACUUUUUUAACAUCCUCGCCAGCCACUGCUAAAAUGACUGUUGCUGAGACCUUUGAUAUCUCUGUUAAAACAUUUGUUACCUGAAUGCACAUGCCAACAUAUUUUUGUGUUAUAAUUGCCUGAAUGCACAUGCCAAUGUAUUUUUCUGUUAUAAGACAGGU